CGCGAUCGGCCAACAUGGCGGACAAGUGUCAGUCGCGGUGUCCUGCAUUUUUCUGAAAACUCAAGCCUGGACGUGCUCGUAUUGAGUUUUGUUAGUGUCGGCAUACCUCGUUCGGGAGAUAAGGGGAGAUCUCCAAUAAUUGUAAAAGCCCUGAAUUCCUGUGAGAGUCAGCGAAGAUGCAACCACCUCCUCGGACAGUCCCGCCUGGAGCUGUUGGACCUCCACCCCCCUCCAGCGGGACCAAUGCCUUCAGAAGAAAUAGACCCCACAAGCAAGGGGCUGCAGCUGCUAUGACAAGCGCUAUCCCACCCACCCAGCCAGUGACUGAUCCUUUUGCCUUUGGUCAGUCUCCCAUGGCUGGUGGCAGCCAGACUCCACCCACAAACAGCAACCCGCUUCCUAUGCAAGGACCGCCAAUGCCUGGGUUCAACUCGACUGCUUCACCACAAGGAGCACAGGCAGCCUCACCUGGCCCCCCACCAAGAAUUUUUACCCCACAACCUAUACCCCCAGGACCUGCACCGAGCUCCAACCCUCCCUCUACAGAACCAGGAUACUUUUAUUCCCAAGAGCCUAUGCCCUACAUUGCACAGUUGCCUAACCCAGCCCCUCACUUACAUUUUAACCCAUCACAUCCUGCUUCCACUGCCGCAACACCCCCAGUUCAAACAUCAACUCCAUUUCAGUCCCAGCCCCUGCCUGUUCAUUCCCACUGGGUACCCGAUCACGGGAGCCGCCCACCUUCGGUUCAAAACUACUUUCAGCCAACCAGUGAUCUGCCAUCUCAGCCUUUCCAUUCUCAUGCCCCACCCUCUGCCCCCUCUCCACACUUACCCCCGCCUUUUUCCCAAUCCCAAAAUCAAGGUCUGCCAGCUCCCCCAAAUAUGACUGGGCCAACUGGGCAACAAAACUCCCACUUCCCAGCCCAGAGUUAUUUCAGUCAGUCAGGUGGACCCUUAGAGACGUGGUUCAAUCAGAAUCCACCUCAACAUGCCAGCCCUGUGCCUCACCCUGAAGCCCCCAGUGCCCCCGGAACCCUUUCAAUGUUCUUUCGAGGCAACGAUGUAGAAAAUGUGGAGACUUUGUCAGGGGAGGGCCGUGUAAAUGGAGUUUCUCACCCUCCUCAUUCAAUAACUGAGUCGUCUGGUCCGUACCUAAAUGACAGUGGUAACAUCCGAGCUGGGGCAGGGCCAUGCGAUUCGGUGGAGAACCUUGAAUGUGUACCGAACCAAGAAGUGCUGCCUAGUGAACCACCACCAAGCCACGCCUUUGAGGCGGGGCCCAACCUCGAGACACCUGACACCGCUCCUCGUCUUGCCCGCUCUGCAAGCGUUUCAUCCAGCUACAGCAAUGUCAGUCACAGCAGUGGACACGGUCCUCACGGCGGCGGCCAUGCCCCUCGGCGACAACAAGGUGUUAUGGGAACGUUUAUCCAACAGGAGAGUCCACGGCCAUCAGAUCACCCUCCCUUGCACCCCUCCACCGGUGGCUACUUUGAACAGAUAGACUCUAACCCAGCUGCGGAGACAAGUCCUACUUUCCCAACUCCUAGCCCUCCUAAACCAGUCGGUGUGUUUCAGGCAAGUGCAAACUCCUCUUUCGAGCCCGUUCGCUCGCAUGGCGUAGGCGUUCGACCCGCUGAGGUUGAUCGUGCCCGUAUGGUUGUGGAAAAGGGUGGACGUGAUGUGCAACCUGGCAACCUCGAACAACCACCAGACAACUUGGAGAUGAUUUACUUACCGGAGCGACGACCCUCAUCUCGUGCUCAGGGAGCACGGCGCCCCAGUGAGAGCCCCGCUACUACACUUUGGGCUCAAAAUGACCCUGCCAGUCUACGUGCUAACAUCCUGUUAGCCCCUGCAGCUCCCUCACUGGCUGCAACAUUCGUCCCAGCGCGUCCUGCAGAAGUCAUCCAGCCCCCGGAGGAUGGGCCUCUUGAUUUGCAUCCAGCUAAACCAAACCCACAGCUUCCCUCUGAAAACUUGGAGAACCCACCAGACUCUCAGGCAGGUUUGGGAUACGCCUCCUUGCUUGUGGCCACGCCCCCUGUGGAGUCCCUAAACCAGUCCGUAUUGAUUGCCCCACCUUCUAAUUACAGUUUGGUUACCUCUCAAAAUCUUUCGCAACCAUCCAGUCAGAUAAUUCCACAAGAGACAGUCACACCUGUCCACCUACUACCUUCUCUGACCAAUCAAAUACCCCAGAGUUCUCCUCCUGCAAAUCAGCUGCAGCCUCUUUUCUCUCAACCUCUUAAUCCUCCUUCCACUCAAGGCGUCUUAAAUUUAGCACGAGAGACCAAAGAUCCUCCGGCCUCUGUUCAAGUAGCCCAACCUGCUCUCUCAAGAGCCCAGUCUGUUAAAGGUGAUAGCCAAUCUCUUCCGCCUUCCAUUUCUCAAGCUCUGCCUUCAUCUGCUGCCACUAAUCACAAUCAACUUUCAAAUUAUGAACUUCUUGAUUUUUCUAUGCAUCAGCCACAGUCCACAAAUCAGGUAACGGGCCCGGCCGUGUCGCAGUCAACCCAGCCACCAACCUCGGUAAAUAACACGCCUGGCUUUUACCUGCAGGUCACCAAAGAUGCGCAGCAGGGUGGGCAGCCCGACAGUGAGGCUCAGCCCCUUCAACAGACCUCUAACCCUCCUAGACCCUCCAGCAACCAAGCCAACAACGAACCUGCUCGCUAUUCCCACCCAGCUCAGUACCAACCUCCUCCACAGGUCCCGCCCACUCAUCCAGGAGCUCCGCCUGCUGGACCUGGAUCUGUUCCACCCUCUUUUUACCCACCCCAGUCUGGAAGCUCUGCCCACCAGCCAUCCCAAGAACCCCAAAGACCUCCUUCUGUUCUGAGCGGUCAGCCUGGUUAUGGUGCGCCACACGCGAUCCCUCCAGGUCCUGGCUAUGCUGGGUAUUACCCAGGGGCUUAUCCUGAGUACCAGGAUGGGAGGUUACCCUAUCCACCCCAAUACCCUGUGGACCCGAGAGCUCAGAGCUACCACCAGCAGGACGAUUUCUAUCGUAGAGCAGAUCCUCGGUAUGGCCGGUAUGAUGCUCAGAAUUCCACUUACAGAGAAGCUGAGCGUCAACCAGAGAGACCAAGUUCUAGAACUAGCCAGUACUCAGACAGACCCAACUCCAGGCAGGGGUAUCCAGAAGACUAUUCUAGAUCCAACCAUAGUGCCCAUGAUGAAUACUAUGCAAACUACUAUAAGAGACAAUAUGAUGCCUAUGGAGACAGGAACAGGUGGUAUGAUCCAAACGCUGCAUAUGAUCCGCGCUACAAAGCAUACUAUGACCAGACAUAUGGCUGGUACAACUAUGACAUGGAUGCAUACAGAAGAGGAGAGGCUUAUUACAACCAACAAUAUUCAAACAGGGGUAGAGAGGGGUACGACGAUCCGUGGCGGUACUAUCCAGGUUACGACACCAGCUUCGAUGACGACUACCGCCGGCGUGAAGCGUACGCUGACGACUUUGACCGACGUUCGGUGCACAGCGAGCAGUCAGCACACAGCGUGCAUUCAUCACGCAGUCGACGCAGUAGCUUCAGUUCACGCUCACAGCAGAGUCAGGUGUACAGGAGUCAGACAGACCUGGUCAGCGCAGCCUAUGAUGCCACAGGAACAUCUCUUCCAGUCGAUUACACCUACAGCCAGUAUCCCGACCCUUCAGAAACCACAAAUUGCAGUCAGAUUCCUUAUAAUCCAACUGACAGCACCUGGACUGCCCCUGAGCAGCCACCUCCAAGGCCAUUGACACCUGAGAAGUUCUCUAUUCCUCAUCGCUGUGCUCGGUUCGGUCCAGCUGGUCAGCUCAUCCUCGUUCAACCGAACCUGCCUUCCGCUGGUCAGCCCACACUUGUGGAGAUCCACAACAUAGAGACAAUUCUGCAGGACUCUCCAGAGCAGUCUGAGAUCCGUUCCUUCCCUGGCCCACUUGCCAAGGAGGACACACACAAGGUGGAUGUUAUAAAGUUUGCUCAGAACAAGGCCCAAGAGUGUUUACGAAAUGAUGACCUCAUCGACAAAGACUCCGCCCACCUCAUCUGGGAGUUCAUUGUGCUGCUGUGUCGCCAGAAUGGGACGGUAGUGGGCACAGAUAUCGCUGACCUGUUGCUAAAGGAGCAUCGCUCUGUCUGGUUGCCAGGGAAAUCCCCCAAUGAGGCGAAUCUCAUCGACUUCAACAAUGAGGCCAUAGAGCAUGCAGAGGAAGAGGAGGCGGGGCCAAUAUCUCUCCUAUCAGACACUUUCAUGGGCGUGCCUGAGAAUAUUGGCAAGGAAACGGAGCGCUUCAGAGAACUUUUGCUAUUCGGCCGCAAGAAGGACGCUUUGGAGGCUGCCAUGAAAAAUGGCCUGUGGGGUCACGCACUGCUACUGGCCAGCAAGAUGGACAACAGAACGCAUGCGCGUGUCAUGACCAGGUUUGCCAACAGCCUGCCCAUAAAUGACCCCUUACAGACUGUUUACCAGCUCAUGUCAGGACGAAUGCCGGCCGCUGCUACUUGUUGUGGAGAUGAGAAAUGGGGCGAUUGGCGCCCCCAUCUGGCCAUGAUUCUGUCCAACCUCACACACACUCUGGAUCUCGACACACGCACCAUUUCAACCAUGGGGGACACAUUAGCGUCUAAAGGUCUGGUGGACGCGGCACAUUUCUGUUAUCUGAUGGCUCAGGUGGGUUUUGGUGUAUUCACCAAGAAAAGCACGAAGAUGGUCCUCAUCGGCUCCAACCACAGUUUGCCGUUUUUGAAGUUCUGCUCAACGGAGGCAAUCCAGCGCACAGAAUCGUACGAGUACGCUCAGUCCCUCGGCUCUCAGCCUCUCUCACUACCAAACUUCCAGGUGUUCAAAUUCAUCUACGCGUGUCGCCUGGCGGAGCUGGGACUUUGCGCGCAGGCUUUCCAUUACUGUGAGGUCAUCUCCCGCACUCUCCUGACCCUGCCCGAGUACUGCUCACCGGUGUUCACCAGUCAGCUCAUUCAGAUGUCUCUGAGGUUGAGGUUCUUUGACCCCCAGCUGAAGGAGAGACCCGAGCAGGAGUUGUUUAUAGAGCCCGACUGGUUACUGCAUCUCAGACAGCUGGAUGGACAGAUAAAGGAGGGUGUGAUCCCUUACCGUGCAGACCGCAGCACCCCACAGCUUUACCCCUGCAGUUCUCCCAGUUUAGAAGAUCAGAGCAGCCCACCGGACCCCUCAACUCUGACCUCUGAUCCCCACAAUCAACUCAUGACCUCCGUCGUGCCCACAGCCGGGGUUCAGCUCAUGCCACCAGCUCCUCCCACUAUUCUCCAGGACGGGACGGUCCCACAGCAACAAGUCCCACCUCCUGGUGAAAGCGUUCCAUUCUACCCAGUGGUCCCAGCCCAGCCGAACUUUGUGGCACCGUACCAACAUGAAAUGCUGGAGCAGUACAUGCCCAUCCCACCCCAAAUGCCACCCCAGAUGCCCCCACAAAUGCCACCUGCCUACAGCCCCACAGAAAUGAAUCCACUGAUGCCACCUCAGAUGCCCCCACCAAUGCCCGGGGCAGAAUCUGGAUCCGCCCAGUCAUCUCCUCAACAGUUCCCCCAGUCGUCUCCAACAUUCAGUGUACCUCCUCCUCAGGGGAAAGACUUCUACGAUGAGAUGGCUCGCAUGGGUGCGGGCAGAAGAUCUAGAACCACUUCACUGUCAUCAGUGCACAACAUGGUGCCAGGACGCAGAUCUCGCACAACGUCUGAAUCAUCAAAUCAUUCAGGACGAGAGCGCAGCAGCUCAAUAGCCAAUCAGGGCUCUCCACCUCCCCCUCCCAUCCCAGAGUCUCCACACCAGGAAGAACCCAAGAAGAAAGACUCUCCGAAAAAAGCUGCGAGCAGCGGAUGGCUGACGUGGCUCUAUCCGAAGCGCAAGAAUGAAGCACAUCUCCCAGAUGACAAGAACAAAUCUAUUGUUUGGGAUGAAAAAAUGAAGAAAUGGGUUAAUCUGGAGGAGCCAGAGGAAGAGAGCAAGCCACCUCCCCCUCCUCCCACCAGCUUUCCCAAAGCCCCAAUGGGUGGUCCAGGGAUGGGGCCACCAUUUGCAGGGGGUCCAGGGGCGGGUCCACCCGUUAAUAUGUUCUCAAGGAGAGCAGGCACUAGGAGUCGGUAUGUUGAUGUGUUGAAUCCCAGUCGUGGAGGUUCUAAACCCAGCGUACCACCUCCUGCUGACCUGUUCGCCCCGCUGGCACCCAUGGCCAUGCCCGCCAACCUCUUCACCCCCGCUGCCGCCCCAGAUGAGCAGCCGAUGGAGGGAAGCGUUCCAGACGCCGGCGCACAAGACACACAGCAGACUAAUGCCACAGUUCCACAGAUGUUUAAUCCGAACACUUUGCCUCCCGGCCCAGAGGGAACGCGGUCAGGAGAGCUGUCACGUUCUAGCUCAAUGAGUUCUCUGUCUCGAGAAGUGAGUCAGCACUUAAAUCAGGUUCCCGUUCAGCCACCAGCGCAAGGCGCUCCACCUACAGGAGGCGUGACGUUUUACAACCCCUCCCAGUUUGCACAGUCUGUUCCAGCAAGCCGCACUCGACCCGGUCGGCUGGGACAGAGAGGGUACCCUACACUGAAGUAACAGAAUCGCUGUAGUUUUAGAUCAAAUUGUGGUUCUAGACCAGAUCGGACUGAAGUUUGGUUCCUGCCUGGACUCCUUGAAGCUCUGGCGUCUGUCCCUCAGCCUCCAGCAAAAUUGGUUGUAGUCAUCACCGUCAUUAUCAUCAAUAAUCCUCAUAAUUACGAACGUUGAGCGAAUGGAUCUGAUGCAAACAGACUCGGCCUCAGAUACCCAGACGUCGUAUGGAAGAGCCCUUCUCCGCUUUUUUAUAGACCUGCCAUACCUGCUGCGAUCUAACGGUGCCCUCACUCAAUGCUUCUAUGAACUGUUGACGCUUAACGUGAGCGUUGUGAUCACAAGUGCAAUAUCGUGAUCGUACCCUGUGUAGUUUUUAUGUCGUGGCUCAUUUCAGCAGGGUGUGUAUGAACGUGUGCUCGUGUGUGUGUGUGUCUGAUGGGAGGAGAUGUGGGCAUGAUUUGUUGGCAGGAGGCGGCCAGUGCAUGUUAUGGGGCGGUCUGACCUGUUGUCAUGGGAACAGUGCAGCGUACCAGAAUGUUUUAGGUAUUUAUUAAGCUUCCUGUCAAAAUGAAACGGUUGAAACGGACUUAGCGUCAGCGGAUAGGAUAUCAGGAUGAGUUUAAGCGUAGCCAUGAUGUGCUCAACAGAACCGAUCUCUUUUACAGACAUCUGAUCGCGUUGAUUUUGCCAGUAGCAAAAAAAAAGAAAUCAUACAUUUAUAUGAUUUUCCUGUGAUUGUUUGUGUGUCGCUGAUUCCGCUCAUAAAAUAUCAUUAUUGCUUUGCUGACUUCAUCUCAUUCUGAUUUCGCUUCACGUCUCUCAAUCACACAAUUGUUCUUUGCUGGUUCUGGGUUCUUGUUCCCAUGGUAACAGCGAGGUUUUGUAAUUCCAAAGGACAGCUCUGUUUGAAGGAAGCUUGGACUUUUCCAAUGUGUUUAGAAAUUGACUGUACAAUUCUUGAUAAAGUGAUAAUAAAGAUAUUUUUGAGCUCUUUAACCUUCAUCUUGUUGUUU